GGCGGCCAGGCCGAGGCCUGCGAGGGCCAUGGGGGCGUCCGCGCGGCUGCUGCGCGCCGUGAUCAUGGGCGCGCCGGGCUCGGGCAAGGGCACCGUGUCGGCGCGCAUCCUGCAGCACUUCGAGCUCAAGCACCUCUCCAGCGGCGACCUGCUGCGGCACAACAUGCUGCAGGGCACAGAAAUUGGUGUGUUAGCCAAGACUUUCAUUGACCAAGGGAAGCUUAUUCCAGAUGAUGUCAUGACUCGACUGGCCCUGCAUGAGCUGAAAAAUCUCACCCAGUGCAGCUGGCUGUUGGAUGGUUUUCCCAGGACACUUCCACAGGCAGAAGCCCUGGACAAAGCCUAUCAGAUAGACACAGUGAUCAACCUGAAUGUGCCCUUUGAGGUCAUUAAACAGCGUCUCACUGCUCGCUGGAUUCAUCCAGGCAGUGGCAGAGUCUACAACAUUGAAUUCAACCCUCCCAAAACUGUGGGUAUUGAUGAUCUGACUGGAGAGCCUCUGGUUCAACGUGAGGAUGAUAAACCGGAGACAGUGAUCAAGAGACUCAAGGCUUACGAAGCCCAAACAGAGCCGGUCCUGGAAUAUUACCAGAAAAAAGGGGUGUUGGAAACAUUUUCUGGAACAGAAACAAACAAGAUCUGGCCACAUGUAUAUGCCUUCCUACAAACAAAAGUGCCACAGAAAAGCCAGCAAACCUCCAUUACUCCAUGAGAGAAAAGCACGUACCUAGUAAGAUGAGCAGAAGAAACUCUUCUGUGCCUUUCGCAGCUUCUGUUUUCUAAAACUCAAGCAUGUAUGAAUUUUCUGAAAAUUGUUUUAUUUCUAUUGAUUUGAUUCUGAGUGUUACUAAAGAUGUGCCAAAUGAAUCAGAUAAGACCGAUCUUUACAAGUUGUCUAGUAUGUUUUAUUCAUUUGUCUUUUAUAGGUGUACAAUUCAAAAACACCAGGUAUGUUAAAGCUUAAAAAAAUGUGAAAUUAAAAGAGCAGUUGGUAGUCAUUUUUUUGUUCAGUAUUUGAUAAUUCAAAUGUUCACAUUUUUCUGGAGAAGUAAAAAAGUUACAUGUCACUUGCUUGGGGAAAAUACAAGACUUUUGCAGUGAUGCAAAAAAUUUUUUUCUAGUCCUGUGGAAUAUGGUUUUGUGAGACACUGUAUCUAUAGUUUCCUGACAUAAAGUUACAGAAAAAAUGCAACCCGAUUUAUAGACGUUGCAAGAUGCAAAUUCAUUGUUGCCUUUCCACUAAUAAACAUAAAGCUAGCUACAUAUGCCCUAUUUAUUGUUAUUAGACAUACUUUUAGCUUACUCAGAAUUUGAAACAAAAACAAUUAGCAUAUAAGAAAUUAGCUUAUUUUCUUUUGAAAAUACUUAUGUGUUGAGGGAUAUGAUUUAUGUAAAAAUGACAAAAUUUUUUGAUUAGCACCAACAGUGAAUGAGUUUCAAUGGAAAAUAUAGGCAGGUUUUCAGAAGUUACUUAUGCUAAGAAACAGGAUCUACUUGUCAGUUUCUUUUUAACCCAAAUUUAUAAUAUACCUUGGCAAACAACAAAUUAUAGUACAAAGAAAAAUAAAGUUGGCACAAUGUAAAGCAAGCAUGCUUCAUAAUUUAGGGCUUAUAAAUAGAUCAGCCAUGUCAGGAAGAUAUUCCCUUGAUGGUAACACAACUACAAUUAGUAAACAGGUGUAGCAACAAAAGGAAUAGCUAGGUUAGAAAAGGAUCAGAAAAGUAACCGAGUUUCCUAAAGGAGAUCUUUACUCCCACUGAAGAAACUGCUGUCUGCUAGUGUUCACUGCCAUCCUACAUCCAGAGGAAAGAAUUCUGCUGGUGUCCCCUGAGCAGCUGUUUAAAACAUAAUCCUGUUUCCUUAGUAGGGCAACAAGGAUGCACGCUCACGCACUGUGCCUGGUAGGAAAUGGGGCACCUGAGAAGCAGAGGGAAACUCCAACUGCUUUUUCCAUGUGAUACUCUUACUUUACUUGGUGCUGAAACAAAUCUAGCAAGCACCUGUAUAGGCUGUUAACUGGCCCUUUUAAGAGUUUGGCCCAUUUUUUUCCAGACAUUUAAAUUUAGGUGCCAGCCAGUGGUGCUUAUGUCCUGGGGGACACACUUACUUUUGUUUUUAUAUUUUUAAAAAAUUCAUUGUUGAUCUUUCAAAAUGAAGCAAGGCUUUUUAAAAGGAUUAAGUCAUUAGUUCUUUAUAAAACUCUUAUGCCUUAUUUGAAUGUUAAUACUAUAUGCUUUCUAAAAAUGGGAAUUACCAAACACCACCAGGUUAUCAGAAAUACAUUAAUUUCUAUUAGACUAAAAUUUAAGUAUGGUGGCUGUUACUUUGUCUUUGACAAUUCACGAUGCCCACUCUAGCCCACCUUUCUGCUGUCUUGACUUCUCACUGGCUUCAUUCUAAUAAACUAUCUU